AUGCCAAUAAACAAAAAGGCUCCUUGGCUUUUCCCCCCUCUUAACAAACGAAGCAUCUGCCCAGGCCCGAAAACAAACCGACGAACAGCCACACUCAUUUGCGCCAUCCUCCGCGAGAUAGAUCUCCAAGAAGCGCUACCAGCAGAGUAUCAAGGUUAA